AUGGCCAUUAAGAGAAGAGGAACCUACGAAGCUGUUGUCGAUAACACUGUGUCAAAGCAUAGUCCUGUCAAGAAAAUUCAACAACUAGCCAAGUAUCAUGAGUUGCCUGAUUGGAUGAAGGACAAUCAUUUCAUUCUAGGGUCAUACGUUUCAGAAACAAGCAGCUUCAAAGCGUGUUUUCGUUCCUUGACCUAUGUGCACAACGAAAGUGCCAACAUUUACACUCAUCUUAUACCAGCACUUGUAUCUCCUACAUUAGCAGUCUUUUUCGCUUUUAUUUUGUUCCAGCAAAAUGCAUUUGAACAAACUUUUAAUCAUUCAGCGGUAGCUGUAGACUAUGUUGUAUGUUCUCUGUUUUUGUUUGGACUUUUUGGCUGUUUCAUGUGCAGUGCUUGUUUUCAUUGUUUCAAGUCCCACUCUCAUAAGAUUGCUAUAGUUGGAAACAAAUUGGACUAUCUUGGGAUUGUCCUUUUGAUUUCUACGUCACUAAUAGGGAUUAUCUAUUACGCCUUCAUCGAUAAGCCCAACUUGUAUUCGAUUAUGAUAUCAGUCACGGUUAUUUUGGCUAUUGUGUGUGCAACUGUCUCACUGGAUGACAAUUUCAGAAGACCCGAAUGGAGACCUUUCAGGGCUUCAAUGUUUGUGUCCUUUGGCCUUUGGGGUGGGGUGCCAGUUCUUGUUGGAUUAUAUACCUAUGGAAAGGAAGAGACAGUGCAACGUUGUGGCUUAAAGUUUAUUAUAUUGGAGGCAAUUUUUUACAUUCUAGGUGCUUCGAUAUAUGCUUUAAGAGUGCCUGAAAGAUUAGCCCCCGGUAGUUUUGAUCUACUUGGAAGCAGUCAUCAAAUUUUUCAUGUUUUAGUGGUAAUUGCUGCUGUUUGCCAUGGAAUGGCAUUGGUAGGCUCUUAUAAUUACUCCAAACUGACUAGAGUCUAA